AAUGGCGGCUCAAGUAGUUCCAGUUCUCUCGAAACUGUUCGAUGACUACCAAAAGACAACAUCAUCGAAGCUGAAAAUCAUUGAUGCUUACAUGACAUACAUCCUGUUCACCGGAAUCUUUCAAUUCAUUUAUUGCUUGCUCGUCGGUACAUUCCCAUUCAACUCGUUCCUCUCUGGUUUCAUCUCCACUGUCACUUCGUUCGUUUUAGCAUCGUGUCUCAGGAUGCAAGUAAAUCAAGAGAACCGCUCCGAGUUCACAGCUGUCUCGACAGAACGUGCAUUUGCUGAUUUCAUCUUCGCAAACCUCAUUCUCCAUCUUGUCGUCGUCAACUUCUUGGGAUAAACUCUGAAAAGCUUUAAUAUGUAUUUAUUUGUUUCAAUUCCUUCCAUUAAUUUAUUUGUGUUGCAAAAUGCCACCUGGGGUUUCGUUUCUCUUGCUGUGUUACACCUAAUUUAAUAAAAUAUGUUUCUGUUUU